AUUUUAGAUCGAUGAGCUGAAAUGGCUUCAUCUUCAGCAUCAUGGAAAGAUCAAGAUCCCUACAGUGCACCUGGACCACUUGGUGCUCGAUACGAUGAUCAUCCUCUUCAUCUUGACAUUCAACUAGUUGUUCCUGGAAUUCGACCAAAAAGCUUCUAUCGAGCAGCCAACACUCAAGUCAAUAUCAAAAGUGAUCCAUUUAGCAUGAAGUGUGUAGUUGAAAUUGUGAAAAUCGACAAAAAGAAGACGCCACCAGAGAAAUCGAUUAUCGAUCGUAGAUUCUAUCAGAUUCAACGAUUUCCUGCAGAAAUUGAAGAUAUCACGUGGAAACUGAAAAAAGAUUGUUGUCAUUUGACAAUCAAGAAGAAAGUGGCUCAAUCAUGGGAAAAUCAAAUGUCACAAUUUGGAAUGACCUAACUAUUUUAUUCAGUUUUAUAUCUGCAAUUGGCUUAUGACCCCCUUAUAUUAUAUGUUUUCCAUCCAAUUUUCGGUCUCUCUUCUUCUCAUCGUUCUCAAUAGAGCGCACUUUGACCCGAAUUAUACAGACCUCUAUUUGGUACUUUGUUAUAAAUAAAUGUAUUUACUUUUUUGAAUGAAUUGAGAUUAAGAUUAA